UGCCCCUCCCCCUUCACUGCCCUCCCUUCCACCUGCCCUUCCUCCUUUCCAUGGCCCCGCGUCCUUCUGCUCUUCUCCCUACCUCUCUGCCCUUCCUCCGAUCUUCCUUGAAGCCCCCCAGUUCCCUCCUGGCCUCCCUUCUCCCCUCUUCUUUUUCCAUCUGCACUGUCCUCCCCCCAGGCUCAGUGGAAACUGAGAGCUUGGGUUCGAUUUCUAGCCCCACACUUAAUAGCUGUGUGAACCCGGGCCUCAGUUUCCUUAUCUGUAAUAUGAGGGGGUUGGGCAGCCGGGUCCAAGACCUUUCCUGAUCUGGAUCUGAGAUUUUCAGGCUCACACCCCUGGCAGUGGGGGAGGGGCCCCCUCUGAGAGUGCUGGGGGACCUUGAGCGGGGAGGCCAAUGAGAGGGAGAGCUGGGGAAGGAAAGAGCCGAGGACGCCCCCACCACAGGGGAGCCAGAGCUCAGGUCUAGGGGAAAAGUGUGACCUUUGGGCCUCAGUUUCCUCAAGUGUAAAAAGAAGAGGUUUUUGAGCCCAGCCCCGGGGGCCUGGCACUAACGGGCAACCUCUUCCCCCAGGCUCCAUCCAGCUGCUGCGCCCAGGACAGUGGCAGCCCCUCCAUGGAGGUCACGCCCCCCCUGCUGCCCCCCCAGGGGGCCCCCGUGAAACAGGAAGCCCGCGCUGGGGAGGCCUUGGCCCCUGACUCGCCGUGGUGCCGCUUUCGCCACUUCCACCUGGGGGAUGCUCCUGGCCCUCGAGAAGCCCUGGGCCUGCUCAGGGCCCUGUGCCGGGACUGGCUGCGCCCUGAGAUCCACACCAAGGAACAGAUGCUGGAGCUGCUGGUGCUGGAGCAGUUUCUGAGUGCCCUGCCGGCCGAGAUCCAGGCCUGGGUUCGGGGCCGCAGGCCCGAGACCGGCGAGGAGGCUGUCAGCUUGCUGGAGGAGCUGUGGGGGCCGGUGGCAUCCCAGGAUCAGCCCCAGGAGCUCAGGGGACAGCGAGAGGUGACGGGUGCUGCUGGAGUCCCCACCGGGAAGGAAGAUGGCGGGAUGAUGUCACUAGGAGGCGAGCCACCCUCGGGAGGCAUGAGUGUGAAUGCUGCCCCAGCCCCCGGAGCCUCCUCGGAGCUGCCCCGCCCCUACAAGCAGGAGCCUGGCAGCCCCCCGCCCCUGCCGUCACUGCCCUCCUGCCUGCCCUGCUUCCUGGGCCCAGCAGCGGCCGUGGUGGCUGCGCCCGCGUCAUGCCUUGAGUGUGGCAAGGCCUUCCUGAAGCCCGCCCACUUGCUGAGACACCGGCAGAGCCACUCGGGCGAGAAGCCCCACGCGUGCCCGGAGUGCGGGAAGGCCUUCCGCCGCAAGGAGCACCUGCGACGGCACCGGGGCACCCACCCCGGCCCGCCCCCAGGGACCGGACCCACGCCCCCCCUGGGCCUGUGCGCAGCUCCCCGCCCGGCCCGAGAGAAGCCCCACGCCUGCCGCGACUGUGGCAAGACCUUCUACUGGCGGGAGCACCUGGUGAGGCAUCACAAGACGCACUCCGGGGCGCGGCCUUACGCCUGCUGGCAGUGCGGCAAGGGCUUUGGGCGGCGGGAGCACGUGCUGCGCCACCAGCGCACCCACGGGAGGCCCCCGGCCCCUCCUGGCCCCAGCGCGGUAGGGGGUGGGCCCUUUGCUCCGUGGCCCGUGGGAUAGAGUGCUGGCUGCCCACCUGGCCGUGGGCCGUCACAGGCCGCUCCCUUCUCCUCCUCCUGCCACCCCGGCCCCCAGAUCGGGCCGCUCUCAGGAGGCGAGGAGAGAGCCCCGGAUGUUGGGGCUGACAAGGAGGGAGGGGGAGAAAGGGCCUGAGAAGAGAAGGCCGGGACGCAGGGGCCGGAAGGGGACUGGACGCUGGUGGUGGAGGCCAGAGGCCAAGGGCCAGACUUGGCUGUACCCGGGAGGACGGGCCAGGACAGGUGGACAGUCACCCUUGGCCUGUCCUCACAGGCUGGGAGCAGAUGCCUGCCCCCCACCCCGCCCCAAAAUAGGAUUUGAAGCCAAGAACACAAUAAAAUCAUUGAAGCUGUGUGUAAAA